AUGGAAAGAAAACAAUCACAAGUUUUAAGAUUAUUUGGGGUCAAUAUCAAUAUUGUCCCAUUAAGCUCAGCCGAAAUCUGUACCACUCCCGCAUAUUCGGCAGCACCUGAUAGAGCUAGUACUAUUACACAUACUUCAGCAACUCUAAGACUAAGUGCAGCACAUGAUAAUAGUGAUAGUGAUGAUAGUGAAAGUGAUAGUAAUAAUAAUAUGCCCGUUGUCGAAAGGCAACCAGCAAGGAGAGAAAGAAGGCCAAGACCUAGUACAGAAAAUCUUCUUUUGGCGGAUUCGGAACCUCCAAAUAUUCCGAAUGAGCUCCUUCAAGAAGUACAUCGUUUAGGUGGAGGUGAUGAUCCGCCAAAACUAGUCAUCCAAAAAUAUGUCUAUUACUCUGAUGUCGCUACAAAUCAAGCACGAUUUCAGAUUCCUAGGACAAAAAUACAGGGGAAAGGGAUCCUCACCGCGGAGGAAGAAAAUCAAGUUUUUAAUGGCUGUGGAAAAAUGGACGACGUGACUGUUUUACUACAAACAAGAGAUAUCGAGACCAUGAGUUUGAGUUUGAGAAGGUGGCCUCUUCCUCAGCAACUGAAUCCGACGAAUAAAUGGAAUUGUGUGCUGCAAAGCCGUUGGAAUGAGGUGGUCGAGAAAAUUAGCCUCGAAGAAGGAAAUUAUCUUCAAGUAUGGGCUUUUAGACAUGGUCAACAGAGAAAGCUUGGUUUUAUUUUGGUCAAACUUACCAAGGAGCAACUCACUCAAGCACAUUAG